GUUUGUGCCGACAGAUAGGUGUAAAAGACCAAGUAUAUUGUACAUCUAUUGUUUAUUGUUAUUCACCUGUUGACUGUGUGAAGUGAGACAUGGCCUCUGGGGCCUCUGGGGAUGAUGGGGGGAUGAUGCGGGCCACUCCCCCAGGUCCAGUGUAUCCUCCCCAACAACAACAGGAAAAUGUACAAAAGAUCCAUAAGGCCAUGACUCAAAUGGAGGAAAAGGGGAUGCAAGAUGACCCUAGGUAUGCACAGCUAGCAGCUAUGGCAGACAUGGCAAGGAAUCAAGGCAUGCCUGGUCAGCAUCACGGUAUGGGCCAUCAGAGAAUGGGAGACUACCAGGGUAACAUGAUGCAGGGGGGUCCACCUCACAGUAUGAGUGGUGGAUCCCAGGGCAUGGGAGGAGGUUCACAAAAUAUGGGUGGAGGCCAGCAGAACAUGAUGCAAGGAAUGGGUGGUCCCCAGCACAGAAUGGGAAGUAUGCAGCCAAUGCCCCACCAGGGUCAGAAUAUGAACCAAGGAAUACCUCCACAGGGUCAAGGAAUCCCAACACAGGGGCAAGGCAUGGGUCAGGGAAUGCCACCACAAGGCCAAAACAUUGGCCAGGGAAUGCCACCUCAAGGACAAAAUAUGGGACAGGGAAUGCCACCUCAAGGUCAAAAUAUGGGUCAGGGGAUGCCACCUCAGGUCCAAGGCAUGGGUCAAGGAAUGCCCAGUAAUAAUCCUGGAAUGAAUAAUCCAGGAAUGCCUGGUUCCAAUGCUGGAGGAAAUUAUAGUCCUAUGGGAGGACAAGGAAUGCAUGGAAGUUCAAACAUGGCGGGCCAGGGAAAUAUGACAGGACCCCAGUCAAUGAAUACAGGAAUGGGAUCCAACUCUCCACAUCCCAUGCCACAAGGUGGAUCAAUGCAACACAAAAUGGGUGGCAACAUGCAGCAGAUGGGAAGUUCUAAUAGACCAGACCAACAGGGUCAGCAAGGUAUGCCAAAUCAGAUGGGUGGACCGGGAGGAGCACAAGGUUCGGGAAGGCCUAAUGCCUUUAAUCCCCCACAGUUAGCACAGCUAAGGGCCCAGAUAAUGGCAUACAAACUACUCUCCAGAAACCAACCUAUUCCAGAGAAUAUCAGAAUGGCAGUGGAAGGCAAAAGAUACCCCCAAAUGCAGCGACCACAAGAUCCAAGUGGUAGAAUGGGACAACAGCCAGGGCAGGCCCCCAACUCCCAGGCCCCACACAGCCAAUCUUACAGUGCUGGAUACUCUGGAGGGCAGAUGACACAAGGACCACCAAAUACCAGUGCCAGUCAGGUCCCCCAGAGACCCCCAGGCCAACAGCCAGGUUCUCACCCUCCUACAGGGCCCCAAGGAGCUGCCCAGCCCCCAUCUACCCAGUCCAUAAUGCAGCAGAAACACAGCAAGAUUGCUCCUGUUGCCAAGCCACAGGGACUCAAUCCCAUUGACUUACUGAAUGAAAGAGAGAACAGGAUUGCAGCACGAAUUUCAUGCAGAAUCAAGGAGUUACAAGAUCUUCCUGCAACAAUGCCAGAAGAUAUGAAAACCAAAGCCAUGAUUGAACUGAGGGCCUUAAGACUUCUGAAUUUCCAAAGACAGCUGAGAAGUGAAGUUGUUUCCUGUAUGCGAAAAGACACAACACUGGAGACUGCUUUGAAUACAAAAGCUUACAAGAGGAACAAAAGACAUUCUUUACGUGAAGCAAGAGUCACAGAAAAAUUGGAGAAACAACAGAAAAUUGAACAGGAGAGAAAGAGAAGGGCUAAACACCAGGAAUAUCUAAAUGCUGUUCUUCAACAUGCUAAAGACUUCAAAGAGUUCCAUCGCAAUGUCACCAACAAGAUAGGAAAACUGAAUAAGGCUAUGAUGGUACAUCAUGCAAACACUGAGCGUGAACAAAAGAAAGAGCAGGAACGCCUGGAGAAAGAACGUAUGAGAAGACUCAUGGCUGAGGAUGAAGAAGGUUACAGGAAGUUGAUUGACCAGAAGAAGGACAAACGUCUUGCCUAUCUGCUGGCUCAGACAGAUGAGUACAUCUCUAACCUGAUGACUCUGGUGGCUGAACACAAGGAGGAUCUAAAGAAGAAGAAACAGAAGCGACGUAAGAAGAAGAAGGAAGACAAACUAGAGGAUGGUGACUCUAACAUGAGUGAGAUAAGAGUAUCUGUGAUUGAGACAUCCACAGGGAGAGUUCUGACUGGUGAUGAGGCUCCACUGGCAAGUCAACUAGAGGCCUGGCUGGAAUUAAAUCCAGGAUAUGAGGUGGCACCUCGGGAGGAUGGAGAGGAAUCUGGGUCAGAGGAAGAGGAGGAGGAGGUUGAACAGGAGGAAGUGAUACCAGCCAAGCCAGAAAAAACUUUACCCAAGCUUACUAGCCCUGAUGACAUUGAUGAAGGCUUGGCUCAGGAAGUCAUAAAUCAAGCCUCCAAAGAAGUGGAUGAUGAAUAUCACCGCAAUGCCACCAAGACAGAGGAGAAAAGUUACUAUGGAGUGGCUCACACGGUCCAUGAACAUGUCACUGAACAGGCUACCAUCAUGGUGAAUGGAAAGCUCAAGGAAUACCAG